CGGAGUAUAGUGACUUAAAAUAAUUAAAGUGUUACUCGCGAAAAAUCGUGUAUUCUUCAAUUUUGUAUAAACGACAGAAUGACAGAAGUCAAAAUAAAAUAAUUUUGUAACCUCAAAGCUCGAAUUUACUUCUCCACAUAAUUAUUUUUGUUGCUUUGAAUUAAAACCGAAUUGAAAUGGGUUUUCUUACAAUUCUAAAGAAAAUGAAACAGAAAGAAAAAGAAAUGAGAAUAUUAAUGUUGGGCCUUGAUAAUGCUGGCAAAACAACGAUUUUGAAAAGGUUUAAUGGAGAACCAAUUAAUACCAUAUCUCCAACGUUAGGGUUUAAUAUAAAGACACUAGAACAUCGAGGAUUUAAAUUAAACAUGUGGGAUGUAGGUGGUCAAAAAUCUCUAAGGUCUUACUGGAGAAAUUAUUUUGAAUGCACAGAUGGUCUAAUUUGGGUUGUCGAUAGUGCAGACAAAAGGAGAUUGGAAGACUGUAGAAAUGAAUUACAUGUGUUAUUACAAGAAGAGAGAUUGUCUGGAGCUACUCUAUUAAUAUUUGCAAAUAAACAAGACCUACCAGGAGCCUGUAGUGCUGAAGAAUUACGUGAUGUUUUAGAACUGGAGAAAAUAAAAACGCAUCAUUGGCGAAUUGUUUGGUGCAGCGCAGUGACAGGUGAUAAUCUGUUAGAUGGAAUAGACUGGCUCAUCAAUGAUAUUGCUGCGAGAAUCUUUACUUUGGAUUGACUUAUUUAUUACUUUUUUAUAUUUCCCUCAAUAACUUAAUAAACAUAUAUCAAUAUAUAAUUUUGUAAAAUA